AUUAUUCAUACAAAAAAAUAAAUAAUUAAACUAAUAUAAAGAAAUCUAAAUCUAAUAGGGUUAAGAUAGAUCAGCAAUAAAAGGCAAACUAGAAAGUUAAAAUUCGAGUUUUAAUUAGCAAUAAAUAUGAACUAUAAUUAUUAAUACGGAAAUCCUAAUGUUGUACCUAUGGCAUUGCCAAAGGCUCCAGCAUCAAACUAAAAUACAAAUAAUAAUAAUCCAUAUAAUCCAUAUGCAUAAAAUCAAAUAGGAUAUUAAAACAAUCAAUUCAAUUAUUAGUAAUAAUAACAGCCUUACGCAUAGUAGUAGCAGUAGUAAUAGUAGCCAAAUUAAUAUAAUCCAUAUUCGUAGUAGGCUUAUAAUUAAUAUAACCCCAAUAUGCCUUAGCUAUAGUAAUAAUAACAGCAACAAUAAUAGCCUCAAGCUUAAAAUUAAUAAUAGUAGCCUUACAAUUAAUAUAAUAACUAGUAUUAGCAAUAAAAGUAGUAAAACCCAUAAUAAAAUUUGAACAAAGGAUAAGAUACAGCAAGCGUUCAAAAUUAAGAGAUUAUAAAAUAACUAGAUUUAUUAAAGCAAAGAUUUCCAUACUAGAUUGUUCAACCCUAAUUCCCAUCUGAAGUAGGUAGAAAAACUGUUAUCAAUAUGGAGUUAGAUAUCCCAAAUUUUAAAAUUCCAAUAAAAAUAGAGCUUGACUUUGAUUUUCCUAGAAGUAAACCUUCAGUAUUUUUAAGAAAGAGAUAUAUUCAAGCAAAUGUUAAUGACUCAACUCUUAGAUUCAUGUAUGAAGCCAACUUCCGCUGGGAACAAAACUCAACUCUUAUUAACUUAAUAACUACCAUUAAUUAAAUGAUUUAACAGAACCCUCCAUUUGCAGACGGUUUGCUUGAACAAUUUAAAGAAAAAAAAGAAACCAUAAAUUAGGAUUUGGAAAAGCAAAAAUUUGCAACUAUUGAUGUUUAAAAAGUAUUCCCUGGAUAGAAUUAAUAGUAACUUCAAGAAACAUUAAAUUAGCCUAGCUUUGCUGAAAAUAUUGCUGUUUUACCAGAAGUAAUAGAUUUAAAAAACAGAGUUGCCGAUUUAGCAAAUUUAAACGUGAAAGUGAGCUCUGAUAUGAUAGAUUAGUAAGCCAGUCUUGAAGUAAAAAAGAUAAAUUUAAAUGAAAUAGCCAAUUAAUAUGAACAGCUGUAACAAUAACUAUAAAAACUAACUUCAAUUAGCAAUAAUAUCAAAGAGAGAUUUGGAGAUAUGAGCAUCAUUUAAGCAUUGGGUUAAAAAAUAUCAGAAUUAGAAGAGAAUUCAUAAAACGUUCAAGGACAAAAUUUCGAGGAAGAAGUUAGAAAUUAUAAAAAUAAUCGUUAGCUAUAUCAUAUGUUUAACACUUAAAGAGAAAAAUUAACAAAUUCUAAUUGA